AUGUCUAUGGAAAGGCAGUUCUUUAUCAAAGAUUCGCAUAACAAGCAAAUUACAGCUAUUGGUUAUCAUCCAGCACGCCGGGUUUAUAUCAUCGGCUUCGAAGAUGGUCUUACUAAAACUAUGGAAGUGGAUACAGGCCAAGUGAUAUCGUCAACCCAAUUACAUUCCGGUUGGAUAACGGAUUAUUUUUACUGGGCUGAAUCAAAACUUUUUUUCUCAUCAUCUAAUGAUGGAACAAUUAUUGCUUGGGGUACCGCUGGAUCAGCACAUGAGAUUUUUGGUCUGGGAUUGCCAAUCUAUGCGAUGGGCUUUAAUUCGCGAAAAAAUUUACUAGUAUUGGGUGUUAAAAAUGGUGUCUUUUUGUUUGCUUUAAAGUAUGCCUUUGUUUCGGAAGAAAACGAUGAUAUUGUCAAGUGCAUCCGAUGUAAUGAAUCUCGUGUUUAUACUGGAAGUUAUGACCGGCGCUUAAUUAUCUAUGACGCCUAUUAUUAUCCAGGGGAUGUUGGAUUAAAAAUUGUAACCAAAGUUAAUGCAGCCCAUGAUGCUGGAAUAACAUCAUUAGAAAUUUUUUCGGAUAACGAAAACAAUACUUGGAUUGUAACUGGAUCAUUUGAUAAAAUUGUUAAAGUUUGGUCACAAGAUGGUAAAGUCAUUUUGAAGCAUGAUGCUUUCACGGAAGCAAUUAACGAUUUAUGCUACGUUCAACGUUCAAAAACCAUAUGGAUAGCUGCUGGAUCACCUAAAGCUAAUUUAUUUGACCCGAAAACUGGAGAAGAUGUUUCUGAUUUUAUCGGAACAUUUCAAAAUGAUGAUUAUGAGGGAGAAAACUACAUCAUUACAUCUUUAAUGUAUGUUCACGAAAUGAAUACGGUUAUUGCUCGCAAAGCUCCAAUUUUAAUGUUUACUGGUACUACUAAAGGAGAAAUUGCCAAAUGGGAGCAAUUGCAAGCCAAUAAUUUCACUUACACGAAAGAAAUUUAUAAUUAUUCCGAAGCCACCUCAAAAUUAGCUAUACAAUUAAUGGAAAAGCAGGAAGAAGAUUGCAGAAAAGUCUAUAACGUCAAUCGUGAAAGAUUUCUAUCGUCAAUAUCAUCGAUUAUUACCACUGGUGAUUCUAAUCCAUCUCGACAAUCAUUCAGUCCCUCAAUACUAUCGUCAUCAUCCAGCGAAAGCACGGCAUUAAAUAGAGUACGUAGUAGCAACAACUGCGCAUAUAUCAAGUCUAUCUUUAUUGAAAGCCUAGAUGACUUGGUUAUUGCUUCAGAAGACAGCAAUAUUUAUGUUUGGGGCUUUGAUGAAACCGCUAUCAAUUUAUUGAACAAUAUUGAUCCUCCUAAAGAUGCAGGCCUAGUUGAGAGAUAUUCUGUAUUGCUUGAUGCUAAUUCAGACUUACUAAAGAAACAUGGUAGCCUACAAGCGGAUCAGGAAUCUGUUAAUAAUCGUGUUGCGGGCUUCAUUUGUAAAUUUGUUUUAACUGGUCAUACAGGCUGUGUGACUAGCUUAGCAAUUGUUGAACGAGGGAGUGGAUAUGACACAACUUAUUUGAUUAGCGGUGGUUGGGAUCGUAAGAUCUAUGUAUGGGAUUUAGAAGCAAAAAAGCUUCAUGAUAUUUUGCGAGGGGAUGAUGAUUAUAGCAACAAUAACGAUGAACUAGCUUCGGAUGGUAUUAUAUUGGACAUUGAGUAUUGUAAAGAGAGAAACGAAUUCGCCUAUGCUUCAUCAGAUCGCUUAGUUUACGUACGUCAAUUUUCAUCUCGAGGUUCAGAGAUGAGAUUAGUUAACGUUUUGCAAGGUCACGAUGGCGAAGUAACUCAGGUAAGAUGGUGCGCUCUUCAUCAACUUUGGAUUACAGGAUCUGAAGAUGGAACAAUAAGAUUAUGGACUGCUGAUGGAAUUUCAUAUGAUACAGUUUUAAAUGCCCAUGGUAGUGUCGCCGUCCUGUGCAUAGAUCAAAUUAAUGGCUGUAUCUUAGCUGGUGUCCAACAUGCCAUUAGAGUCUACGACCCGGAAUAUAAAACAUUAGUACAAACAAAUUAUGGACAUAAAGAUUCUGUUAGAGACAUUAUCCAUAUCCAUGAGAGAAAUCAGUAUAUUUCUGUAUCAUGGGAUAAAACUAUUCGAAUAUGGAAUGCAUACAAAAAACGAAACAUGUAA